UGCUAGUAAAGAAGAAGCACAGUCCUUGACCUUGGAUAAUUUCUAUUAGAGAGACUCCAGCAAUUCAGAAUUUAGCCAACAGCCUCCUGAACUUUGGCAUCCUGGCACAUUCUUCAUCUUCAGGAACAGAAGGCCUUUGGGAAACAGAUUUCUACCAGUGCAGGUGGGCCAACCAUGAGAGGCUACCUUGUGGCCAUAUUUCUGAGUGCUGUCUUCCUCUAUUAUGUGCUACAUUGUAUAUUAUGGGGAACAAAUGUCUAUUGGGUGCCACCUGUGGAAAUGAAACGGAGAAAUGAGAUACAGCCUUGUUUAUCAACGCCAGCUUUUGCCUCUCUGCUGAGGGUUCAUCACUUUCACCCUUUUCUCUGUGCAUCUGAUUUUAAAAAGAUUGCUUCCUUGUAUGAUAGCAAUAAGUUUGAUUUGCCCUAUGGGGUAAGAACAUCAGCGGAAUAUUUUCGACUUGUGCUUUCAAAACUGCAGAGUUGUGAUCUCUUUGACGAGUUUGACAAUGUGCCCUGUAAAAAGUGCGUGGUGGUUGGUAAUGGAGGAGUGUUGAAGAAUAAGACGUUGGGAGAAAAAAUAGACUCCUAUGAUGUAAUAAUAAGAAUGAAUAAUGGUCCUGUUUUAGGACAUGAAGAGGAAGUUGGGAGAAGGACAACCUUUCGACUUUUUUAUCCAGAAUCUGUUUUUUCAGAGCCCAUUCACAAUGACCUUAAUACAACAGCGAUUCUCACUGUUUUUAAGCCUCAGGAUUUAAGGUGGCUGUUGGAAUUGUUGAUGGGUGACAAAAUAAACACUAAUGGUUUUUGGAAGAAACCAGCCUUAAACCUGAUCUAUAAACCUUAUCAAAUCAGAAUAUUAGAUCCUUUCAUUAUUAGAACAGCAGCUUAUGAACUGCUUCAUUUUCCAAAAGUGUUUCCGAGAAACCAGAAACCCAAACAUCCAACAACAGGAAUUCUUGCCAUCACACUGGCAUUUCACAUAUGUCAUGAAGUUCACCUAGCUGGCUUUAAAUACAACUUUUCUGACCUCAAGAGUCCUUUGCACUACUAUGGGAAUGCCACCAUGUCUUUGAUGAAUAAGAAUGCCUAUCACAAUGUGACUGCAGAGCAGCUCUUUCUGAAGGACAUUAUAGAAAAAAACUUUGUAAUCAACUUGACUCAAGAUUGACCCUACAGAUUCAGAAGAUGAUGCUCACAAUAUUAGUUUUAUUUUUGUACAAUUUUUAGUUUAUUUUUAAAUAUGUUGGAUGCACUCAUUGAAUAAGUAUGUAUAUUAAGUCUGUUGCUGCCUGGUGAUUCAUAACCACCAGCUUAAUUUCUGUGAAUACUAUAUAUUUAACUUAUGAAAACCAAGAAAUGUUUAGUUAUCAGGGAAAUAAGUUUCAACUGCAUUGUGUUUUAAAAAUAAGCUAGUUUUCUGAGGUGUUUUAAAACAUCUUUUUAGAGUUACUUCAUCUUAGACUUUUGGAAGAAUGUGACUUCCAAAGAAGUAUGUAGAUUUAAGUUUACUACAACAAUUUUGACUAAGACAUUUCAAGAAGAAUAUCUGGCUACUGUAAACCCUGCUGGUGGGAAAUGGCAUGUGAUUGUGCCUUGAUGUGGCAAACCAGAACCACUCGCCUAUGGAAAUCUAAGUUCAUACUGGCUUAAUUAAGCCUUUCACCCCUGCAAUGAACUAAACCAUGAUCAUGAUGUAAUUUGGCAGAAUGAUGAUGAUGUUUUGCUUUGUUUUUAAGUUAAAGAAAAUAGGCUAAACAUAAAAUUCAGGAUGAGUAAAUAACUAAAGAAUUCAAUUCCUAAA